UGACGACAGACAAAACACAUAGCUUGCCAAGCUGGCCUGCUGGUAAACACUCCACAGAAGGCAGAUAUUGCUGGAAUGAGAGAGUACACUGACAUGGGAGACAAAUGGUCACACUCAGAAUUAAGAUCUGAAAGUGUGUGUUGAAGUUUCAAACUGUCAGCAGGUUCAAAGGCUGAGGGUUUUCCACCUAAAGUGUCGACAUGUUUCUUAUCAGGUGAAAAUGAUCACAUCAAAGUGUGUAUCCCAGCUACUCGUGAACACCUCUUGGAGUCGUACCAAUGAAGAAAAUACGUGUACAGGUGAACAUAGACCAGAAAACUUAUACCAGACAUUGUCAACAGCUGGGGCCAUGUUAAACCUUGCACUGGACCUAUGGAUGAGUUGGAAACAAUGAUAUACACGCUCAUGUGAAAGUUGGGAACUAUCGUUACAUCUAUACGUUCCUCCAUCAUGGGAUGUGGCGCUUCCACUCAAGUUGGGGCGAGUUUCCAGUCUACCCUGUCGGGGCUAAGCGGGUGUUUUAUGUCCACCUACAAGAUCCAGUCCAACUACGUGUAUUCCGAGAAGCACUUGCUCUAUGUCGACAACCUCAGCAAAGUCGAGCAACUUCCGCCUCCGCAUCCGCCAUCUUGUCCCAGGGAAGACAUCUUUGAUCCGAAAGACUUUGUAGAUGUUGACAGACGAGCUGACGAGGCACCCAAAAGCCUGCUGAAGGAACCGUACCCAAAGCUGAUCGCCUACUUACUGGAGGAGCCUAAGGACAAGCCAAAGGACAAAAACCAGUCCAAAGACAAAAACAAGGAAGCCCUGACCAAAGUGCGCGCUAUUUACAGAUGGGUGACCGCCCAACACGUCGACACGAUGGCCAUGCCAAAGAAAUCCCCCGAUCCCAUCACCCCCUUGUUUCAGUUCUGGAGGAUCAAAAACAAGAAGGGGAACUUUGCUCAGCUUGUCAGUAUUCUGUGCAGGCUGGCUAAUGUUCCAUGUGUGAUCAUCCACGGCAAGAUGAAAGGUUCAACCUACGAUGUCGGACAACCAGUAGACGAAAAGCUCCAUUAUGGUGAAUGGAACGCCGUUCUGAUUGAUGGAGACUGGUGGCUGCUCAACACCUACUGGGGUGCAUGCGCAGUGGGAAGUUCCGGUGGUGACGAAUGGCUGGAUAAUGACACAAAAGAGGAUUCGCUUGAUGUAGAUGCCCCGUCAAAGAAGGGAUUCAUGUUCACCUGUGACGAGAACUACUUCCUAGCUGACCCAAGACAGAUCAUCGCAACCCACUUUCCUGUCUGUCCACAGUGGCAGUUACGGCAAGUACCCAUCACAUCAGAGCGGUUCGAAGAGAUGGCUUUCCUAAAGGAUCGUUUCUUCAAUCUAGGAAUGUCAGUUCUCUCUCACAGAGACUGCGUAAUAACAUCCUCGACUGGAGAAGUGGAGCUAUUCUUUGGAUUAACAAAAGAUGCCAUUUAUCAUAAAUACUACUGUUUGUUGUUUAGGCAGGAAGGGAAGACUGUGCAAGGAUUUUCUCCAAAGUAUGAUCGGUAUCUGUUGCUCCAGAGACCUAAAUCCGAUCAGCUCAGCAUUAAAAUCCGAUCUCCAGUAGCAGGGACGUUUAGGCUGGAAGUUGUUGGCAUGGACACCAGAAUCAAGUCUCCGGGUUAUGAUUAUGAUUGGAUAUGUUUGUACAAGAUAGUGUUCACGAAGGCCAAGGCACGAUGUCAACCCUACCCAGAUCAACCAGCUCUUGGAUGGGGCCCAGGGUUGACCCUCAAAGAAGUGGGUCUGUCACCCAUCUCUCACAGUAGUGGUAUGAUCAGGGCAGAUUCUGGUGGAGAGGCGGAGGUGGAGUUCGCUAUCAAUGACAUUGAAAAGCUGAAAAAUAUGAAAUUCAUGGGUCGAAUUUCCAAAGGUGGAGUAAAAGAGGAAAAACUUAAGGACAGGGUUGUGUACCGAAUUGAAGGAAAUCGCGUCAUCUUUAAUGUCCGUCUGCCUAGAAAAGGGGAGUAUGCUCUUAAACUGUACGCCACGAAGGGCGACAAGGAGGAAACGGAUAAAAACAUCUGUAAUUACAUUGUAACGUCUGACCAGAAGAAAUCCAAGGAUUCUUACCCAAGGGGAUUUGACAAAGGAGCUGGAUUAGGGAAGACUGGUGUCAACUUGGGCAUUGAGCCCCUGUCUCACAAGACAGGUAUGAUCGUGACAGAUGAGGAUGAAGUGAAGCUGGACUUUCAGCUGACGAAGCCAGUGGAACACUCCUGUUCUCUUGUUGGGACAGGGUUGAUGAUCUCCGACUCUAAAAGGCUGGUGUCGGAGGAGGUAAACGGUGACAUUGUCACCUACACAGUACGGCUCCCAAAGCUGGGUGAUUAUGGCUUCAAGUUGAUAGCUAAGCCCUCUGAGGGAGGAGUAUUUGAAAAUGUCGUGGACUAUGUGAUAUCAUAUGUGAAGACGGAAGAUCAGACCAGGACGCCUAUAAUCUUCACCAACAUUGAAACGCCAAUAGAAACACCAGGACCGGAAGAAACAAAAGAGGAAGCAAUCAAGAAAAGGAUGGACGUUGCCAUAGUAACCGGGGAUGAGGAAGAGCUAGUCAAAGCUAUAGCUGAAAUGAAGGAGGUGACUAAAAGUACAAAGUCACCAUCGACACGAUUCCCGACAAGAAAUCAUCUGAGAAGACACCAAGAGAUGAAAACGACAAUACCGACGCCAAGACACCGCGGAAGAAGAAAGGAACGCCUCGAGAUAAAACACCUCGUGAUGUAACACCAAGACGAAACAACCACAUCUGAUGAAAAUGAUAACACCAAAGUAAACAAGCUGGAGACACCACGUGAUGAAAAUUAUAACACCGAAGCUAAGACACCGCGAAACAAGUUAGAGACACCACGACAUGGCAAGACACCUCGUGAUGAGAAUGGGACACCCAGAAAUGAAAAGACGCCACGUGACGAAACACCAACACCUCGAGAUGACAAUACACCGCUUGAUUUCACCACAGUAAUCGUCGAUACAAAUGAUUCUGGAAGAACCAAGCUUGACAAAAUCAUUCCACGUGACAAAGAAGGAGAAAGUGUCCCCAUCCCAAACGGUAAUGCUGUGCUCCCAGCAAUCUCUGUUGUGGCGCCGGCACCGGAAGAGGAACCGGAAGUGAUAAAGGGCAUGAUUGAGGAAGUGAACGCCCAGGAGAAAGAAAGGGCAGAGCUAGCCAAGGAGGAACUUGCCCGAGCGGAACGAGAGCUGCAGAUCAUCAAAGUCAGGAAAGAGUUAAUGGAAGCUAUUGCAGCACGUGAGCUCAAGCGUCUCAUAGCGAUAACGACAAUGGUUCGAGACAAGAACUACCAGUCCGCCAUGAAGGAUGAGAUUGUGAAGGCCAAGAGUCUCAUCGAGAGGCUGCAGCACAUUCAGAAACUGUGGCACGCCGUUCUGGAUCUUGACCAGAACACUGUGGCUGAAAUCAAAGGAUAUGCUGCCCCUCCUCCAGCCGUCAGCAAGGUGCUCAGCGCCACGCUGCUCAUACUGGGCCAUUUCGUAGAGGAGACGAAGGAGUGGAUCCAGGUACAGAACAUUUUAAGCAAGACUGGGAAGGAGUCACUGAAGCGGCGUGUGGAGAAGUUUGACAUCAACAAACUGGAACCCGACAUCGCCAUGGGGGCCAAGAUGAUCCUCAAAGACUUGACCCUCAACCAGGUCCGGGUGGUCAGUGCUGGAGCGGCUACCUUCUAUGUGUGGACAAAGGGUCUGAUUAACGAGAUUGAGACCCGCAUGGGCGAGGACAUUAACAGCACCAGGCCCAGGACAAGCAGGUCCCGUAGAGCCCGGAGGCAGUCACAUGCUCAGGGAAAACAGAACAAGUUAUCUCCCUUGACAAGGGUGGAUUUGUAAGGUUUGCUUGCGAGACGACCCCAUUCUGUACUACCUCCUACACAACACUGAUGAACACAAUACAGAUGAAGCGUCACGAUUGUGUUACUCUUAUAUUUAUACAUAGACUUAUGAAAAUUUAUGAAUUUUUUUUGACAAGGUGUCAAGGCACCACAUGUUGAAUACGCUGAAACAUCAUAAACUGAAUCUACUUGUCAUCUCCAGUACGAGACAACGUUUGGCCAUAGUUCUGAUAAUGUGUCUGCUAGAGGGCAUAUAUAGAUGAUGAUGUUUGAAUUAAUGAGGUUUCAUUCCUUUACCAUCAAGUGUGAGAAACACAUGUGUUAUUUCUAGAAGUGUCCACUUUGUCAACAAACCCAUACAAGAUGGACACCAUCUUAUUUAUUUUAUUCUGACGAGGCAUAGCGUAUCAAAUAUGCAUAUUUCAUGUUGAUUGUUUAGCGUAAUUAAAUCAGACAUAGAUAGAAUAUCAUUUCAAGCAAUAACAUACAAUAGUUACAACAAGUCCAAUGCCAUGCUGGACGCUGGACGCUGGCUGCUUAGUCAGUAAUAGCUCGUAGUUGUGGUCUUUAACAGAUUCGCUCGCUUAGAUGGAGAUUUUACGAGCGCUUCCUGCAGAGCUAAGUUUGCACUCGCGCGUAUAAUUUAUUUAUGUGACCUUGUGGGGUUCUUCAACUUUGUACGUUGUGUUGUUGGAUUACCACAGUCUAAAUAAUUUUAGAGAAGCAUUAUAUAUCUAUAUAUACAUUAAUCCGUCCAUGAACUUUGUUAUUUGCAAACUGAUAUUUGUUGACGAUUUAUGGUGACACCAAUACUGUUAUAUUUUAUAGAUAUUUUAAUAGAUAUAUUUAUAUAAAUUUGUACCCAACAACCGUGAUGUACUGUGUUUACUAUUAUUGUAGAUGUAUGGGUUUGUAUGUUAUUUCAGUAAAUAAAGCUCUGUGUUGCCAUAUA